CUUUGUUUUCAGCCAAUCAGGAACGGCCGUAAACUCCCUUCCAGCGUCGUGCGUGCAUGCGUACCGGAAGCUACGUUACGUAAACCUCAGAGAGCAGGAAGUUUGAUGUGGCUUUGAAUCUCCUCGAAAAUGUCUGCCAUUUUCAACUUCCAGUCACUGCUCACUGUGAUUCUCCUCCUGAUCUGCACAUGUGCCUACCUCAGAGCGCUGGCUCCCAGCCUGCUCGACAGAAACAAGACCGGACUUCUUGGAAUUUUCUGGAAAUGUGCCAGAAUAGGGGAGCGGAAGAGUCCCUGGGUGGCUUGCUGCUGCAUCAUCAUGGCUUUCAGUAUACUGUUUCUUCAGUAGCGAAGGACCCAAAGACAACCAACUACAGGGCAACAUUUGAAGAAAUGGACAAACGGUGAAGUGUGGACGGUCUUAUCAGACAAGCACAUGAAGACAUUGGAUGGCUGUCGCUUUAAUGAUGUACCCAAGUCAAGCUGUCGUGGAAACGUCAUAGCUGCAGAGACGAAACUGGUCUUUGUAGGAGGACAACGUUGAUGGGAAAGGCUCCAGUGUGUUUCAAAAUGGCUUCACAGCCUUUCAGGUCUGUGUCGCCUAAUGUAGACUGUUUACUCCAGAUCUGUGCAAAUGUGAGAGCAAUGCUUCAGUCAACCACUUCUCAUGGGAUCACGUUUUACUUUCCCCUACUUCACUAAAAGGGAUCCUCCAAAAUAUGUCACAUAUUUAAAGUCAGCCAUAUACGUUUUCUGUAAAGACAUUGCUUUUUUUUUUUUUUUUU